CACUUCGCCACAUCUGUUGAUGUUCUAUUUCGUUGAUGAUUCUAUAUGUUAAUGGUGCAUGCGAGUUCAUAGCAGACACAACAACAGAAUGAAUAAAUAAUAUCAUUGAUAACGCAGGCUGAUAACUUCAACAAUUUAAUCAACAAUAAAAAGGGCACAGUCCUUUGUCGUCGCUAGCCUAGCGUCGUCCUCUGAGGCGUCUUGUCCGUUACUCCUCUAGUUCGUUUAACAGUAGGCCUAUAGUUCCUUCUGCAUCUAGCCUAUGUAUACUAGGAAUAAUUUUUAAUUUCAAAGUUUUUAGUUAAUUAAAGAUUCCAAGUUAUGGCUACUAUCGAUUUUCUAGAUUUCUCCAAGCAAGUCACAAUACAGAUUUCAGAUUUAAGCAAAACACUUGUCUCUCUUCAAGGUGUUGUGCAGUCUCUGUCCACAUCUCAAAGAGAAUUAUCCACAAAAAUGGACAAUCAUCUCUUAAUGCAACAAAACUCCACAGAGAUGAAUUUUUUUGAGAAACUAAAUAAUGAUGUAGAUGAUCAAGAAACCAAUGAAACUGAAAUGACUAAUGAGGCACAGUUAUUACCCUCUGUAAUGAAUUUAAAAAGAGAUCUGUACAGAAAACUGGAUUUGGACAAAGUGUCCCUAGCUGAGGUCUUGGAGAACAAAAUACAAUAUGAUAUUCGAAUGGAUGGUUUAGAAGCUCAGCUGUCAAUGUUAACAAAUAAUUUAUCAGCUCUAGAGAAACAUGUUUACAGAUAUGAACAUUUUGAAACAGCGGAAAAAGUUGACAGUUUGGAGAAGAGGUUCAAAGAGCUUGCACAAUUACAAGCGAGAGAUUCAUCAGCUGUGAAAAAAAUAUAUGAGUCAAGCAAAGGCAAUGGAGAUUUUGAGCAGCUCAAAUAUAAGGUGGAUUUACUAGAGCAGGAACUCAGCAGGAAUUAUACAAAAAUACAAGAAGUCAAACAGCAGUGCUGUGAGGUUUACCAGCUGUUUGAAACCAGAUUAGUCCAUUUUGAGAAAUUAAAAGAAAGCCUAAAUCAAGUUAUUAUGGAGUCAGCAUUUAACAAAACCAAGAUAACAGAACUAGAAAAGGACAUUAAAAGUUUAAAAAUACUGGUUCCAAAAAUGAAGAUUUCUACUGUAGGAUUUACUGCUUAUUUCAAUGAACCUAUUAAAUUGCUAAAGCAGGACGUUGUAUUGACUGGUUUCAAAGAUGUCAGAGUCAAUGAACAAGAUGGCUUUAACCCUGAUUCUGGCUACUUCACAGCCCCUGUGAAUGGGGUUUACGCUGUCAGUGUCACACUGUGUCAGAUGAGUACCGGCUACUUGGAGGCUUCUGUCAUUCAUUAUAAACAUAGCAAUGGACAGGAAACUUGGGUGGCCCGCAUUGUAGGCCAUCGUGAGGUCCGUGGUAACAGUGACACCAGUGUGACUUUAGUCUUACUGAAAAAAUUGGAUCGGCUGUGUGUAAAAGUGACAGAUACUGGAAAACUAAACUGUCCAACACUCACUGAUUGUACUAGCUUUUCAUGUUUUUUAAUCAAUAAAUUAUAAAUAGGCCUAAUAUCCAGUCUUUGUACCACAAAUCAUCUCACCAUUCUCUAUUUCAGUCAGUGCCAGAUUUAAGGGAGGUCAGGCAGGACUACUGCCCAGGGGAAUACACAAGAAAGGGGCCCCCCACAAUAGAAGAAAAUCUGUAUUAUGAUGGGUCAGCAACUUUACUUUUUUUUUUUUUCGUAGUGUUACAAUCAAUACUUUAAAUCUGCAGUUGGCAACACUGACUUAGUUAAAAAGUGUCAGCUUAUAGUGUACUCGUAAUAUACAACAGUAGCUCCAGAUUUACUCUAUUGUUUCAACCCUAAAAAUUUACAUUUUUUUUUACUAAAAUAUGCAUAU